AUGAUGCUCAAACGUGGAUUCAGUGUGCGAUCCUUCGGGACGGGGACCCAUGUGAAGCUCCCGGGACCAGCCCCAGACAAGCCGAACGUCUACGAUUUCAAAACCACCUAUGAUCAGAUGUACAGCGAUCUUCUUAGGAAAGACAAAGAACUCUACACACAGAACGGCAUCUUGCACAUGUUGGACAGGAACAAGAGAAUCAAGCCCCGGCCAGAAAGAUUCCAGAACUGCAAAGACCUGUUUGAUCUGAUCCUGACCUGCGAGGAGCGUGUCUACGACCAGGUGGUGGAAGAUCUGAAUUCCCGGGAGCAGGAGACCUGCCAGCCAGUGCAUGUCAUCAACGUGGACAUCCAGGAUAACCACGAGGAGGCCACGCUGGGGGCCUUUCUCAUCUGUGAGCUGUGCCAGUGUAUCCAGCACACGGAGGACAUGGAGAAUGAGAUCGACGAGCUGCUGCAGGAGUUUGAGGAGAAGAGCGGCCGGGCCUUCCUGCACACGGUCUGCUUCUACUGACCCCGCUGCGCCCUCUGCACACCACCUGCUUCCCCCGCCUCGGUGCCUCCUCUGUGAAUACCAUCCUCCCGAUUUUGUUUUCACUUUAGGUUAUUCUGCCGGCGGGUGGUGGUCUUACCAAAUAAAUUGUACAUACGAAAUGAGAAAUAUGCAUAGAUGCCAUAUUAAAAACAAUCACGCUUCUGUGUCCCACUUGAACCUGUUCCGAGUGGGACGUUGAUUAUACAGACUCCUUCCCGGGCUCUUCUCUCGCUCCCUGACUUGUAUGUGUGUCCAGUCAUGCGAGCCUGCCUUCUUCUCCCUCCCUCUCACUGGCUGGACUGUACAAACCCCCAAUAAAGCAAUGGACUGUGUUCUCACAAA